GCAGCAGCAGGUCCCCUGUUGGUCGAUUUACAUAAUUUACGCGCAAGUGAAAGUUGUGACAGUUCUGGCAGUCCGAAAAUAACAAUGCGGUAUAGCUACGACAGUCUGAGACGUGUCUGGCAUGCUCCGUUUAUUCUGUUAUUCUUUUUGGGGGUUUGGAUAGGACCCGUGCGUUUACACCCACAAUGCCUGGAUUUCAAGCCCCCGUUCCAACCUGCAGAGGAGCUGACGUUCUGUGUUAUGUACAAAGAUUUCGGCUGCUGCGAUUCUGCAAAGGACCAGGAACUGAUGUCGAAAUACUAUCGGAUCAUCGAUAAUUUUGAUGAUUACGGGUAUGCCACCUGUGCCGGCUAUAUACAAAAUAUCAUCUGCCAGGAGUGCUCCCCUUACGCUGCGCACCUCUAUGAUACCGAGGACCCCAGCACGCCCAUCCGAGCCCUGCCGGGGCUCUGUGGAGAUUACUGCUCCGACUUCUGGCAGAAGUGCAGGUCGGCCAUCCCCUUCCUUACCGACGACAGGCACCUGGCCAAAGCUGGGCGGGACCGGGGCGAGUUCUGCGGGCGUGCGGGGCUGGACGACGCAGACUACUGCUUCCCCAACCUCGUCAGCAACGAGCGACUGACCAGGAACCUGGGCCGCGUGGGCGCGGACUCCGAGGGCUGCCUGCAGCUGUGCCUGGAGGAAGUGGCCAACGGGCUCCGGAACCCGCUGGCCAUGGUGCACGCCAACGACGGCACGCACCGCUUCUUCGUGGCCGAGCAGGUGGGCGUGGUGUGGGCGUACCUGCCGGACCACUCCAGGCUGGAGAAGCCCUUCCUCAACAUCACCCAGGCGGUGCUGACCUCACCCUGGGAGGGCGACGAGCGCGGCUUCCUGGGCCUCGUCUUUCACCCCAAGUUUAAGUACAACAGGAAGCUGUACGUAUACUACUCGGUGGAGGUGGGCUUUGAUGAGAGGAUCAGGAUCAGUGAGUUCCGGGUGUCGGCCAGCGACAUGAAUGUCGUGGACCACAGCUCGGAGAGGAUUAUUCUAGAAAUCGACGAACCAGCAUCCAAUCACAACGGUGGGCAGCUGCUGUUCGCCGAUGAUGGAUACCUGUACAUCUUCACAGGGGACGGGGGAAUGGCAGGGGAUCCGUUUGGGAAAUACGGGAACGCACAGAACAAGUCUGCCCUGCUGGGCAAGGUGCUCCGCAUUGACGUGGAUGACAAUGACAGGGGCCCGCUGUACAAGAUCCCACUGGACAACCCGUUUGUGCACGACCGCGAGGCGCGGCCCGAGGUGUACGCCUUCGGGGUGCGGAACAUGUGGCGCUGCUCCGUGGACCGGGGAGACCGCCACACCAAGGAGGGGAAGGGCAGAAUCUUCUGCGGAGACGUGGGGCAGAACAAAUUUGAGGAAGUUGACAUCAUCGAGAAAGGCGUGAAUUACGGCUGGAGGGCCAAGGAGGGGUUCUCGUGCUAUGAUAAAAAGCUCUGUGCCAACAGCUCUCUGGGUGAUGUGCUCCCUAUAUAUGCUUACUCACACAAAAUGGGCAAGUCAGUCACAGGGGGGUACAUCUACCGUGGCUGUGAAUACCCCAAUUUAAAUGGCAUCUACAUCUUUGGAGACUUUAUGAGCGGGAGAAUGAUGGCACUCCAGGAGAACAGGCGCAAAGGGAAAUGGGACUACAAUGAAAUAUGCAUGGGCAUGGGGCAGACAUGCGUCUUCCCAGGGCUUAUCAACAACUAUCACCCCUACAUCAUCUCCUUUGGGGAGGACGAGGCUGGAGAACUUUACUUCAUGUCAACCUCAUUUCCAAGUGCAACGUCUUCUUCUGGUGUGGUGUACAAACUUGUGGAUCCUUCACGACGGGCACCACCGAGACAGUGUCAUUAUGACCCACUGCCAGUCAGAGUUAAAAGCACCCUGAUCAAAUUCCAACCAAAGGAGAAAUUGAUAGGAGUUGAAAUGUCACACAAGCAGCCAAAACUGGCCAAUAGGCAACAGACAACCAGUUCUAGCUCGACAGACUGGCUUCAGGACCUGAUGGACCUCCUCGGGGUGCAAGUGAGUGCCCUAGGAGGAACCGCGCCCGCGCCCAGCCCCGCCCCCACUCCUGCUCAGCCACAUACAGGUCAAAGGAAGAAAGGCAAGCACGGCUCCAAGACCCGGCCCCAGAACGGGGCCCUGCGAUUGGCCGGGGACGAGGAGGGGCGGUCUGACAGGGGCAGGGUGGAGAUCUACGUCGACGGGGAGUGGGGGACGGUGUGCGAUGACCUGUGGGACGAGAAGAGUGCGGGUGUGGCCUGCCGGCAGCUGGGGUUCCACCAUGCGCUGAAGGCCUCCAAACAGGCGGAGUUUGGAGAGGGCAGGAGCCUCAGGAUACUGCUGGACGACGUGCAGUGCGAGGGGGCGGAGCAGACCCUCCUGGACUGCCGGCACACGGGCGUUGGCAUGCACAACUGUGCACAUUACGAAGACGCCGGUGUCAUCUGCGGAAAUGAUUAACUUCAAGAGCUGAGCCAUGUAAUUAGUGUAGUGUAAUUAAAGCUUUAUUUAAGUGAGGAAAAUAACAAAACCUAUAGAGAGUGUCCUCUCUGAUUUUUGCUGAUACUGGCAUGUAGGACUACCUCUCCUGAAAUUUAAAGUCAGACUAAUUGUUUUGGUUUUACAUCUUAUUUCUUUUGACAAAUAACCCACUUAGA